UACUUCGUAUAUUCUAGACUUUUGUUGAAUCUUAUACAACAAUUUGCAUCAUCAUUCCAUCAUCUACUUUAAGUGUAUAACUCGUGUCUAUAAAUUUCUUCAUAUAUCCGGUUAUUCCUUUAUUUAUUAGAUUUUGUCAUUUUUCACAAAAGUCUUUCAUUGAUAUAAACACUAUUAUAAUUACUAUUAUAAUACUACUAAUAAAAUUCAAAUAAAAUGAAUUCCGAUUUACAAAAAGCCGUUGACCAAGUUGUCAAAGAUUUCGCUGUUGAUAAGGAACUCCUUAUUAAAGCUACUGAUGAAUUCGUUUACUCUAUGACUCAAGGUUUAAAAACUGAAGUCCCAGCUAAGGAAUAUUUACCUAUGAUCCCAACUUAUGUUACUGGUAUUCCAAACGGUAAAGAAAAAGGUUUAUUCUUAGCUGCUGAUUUAGGUGGUACUAAUUUCAGAGUUUGUUCUGUUCACUUAAAGGGAGACCACACUUUUGAUCUUAAACAAUCUAAAUCUGAAGUUCCAAAAGAUUACAUGCAAGGAGUAGAAGCCACUGCCGAUACUUUAUUUGGUUUCUUAGCUGCAAAGGUAAAAGAAUUCUUGGAUGAACAUCACAAGGAUUCUGUUGAUGCUGCUGAUGAAAAAUUAAAAUUAGGUUUCACUUUUUCUUUCCCAGUUAACCAAACUGAUUUAAAUAAAGGUACUUUAAUCAGAUGGACUAAAGGUUUUGAUUUACCAGACUGUGUUGACAAGGAUGUUGUUGACUUAUUACAAAAACACUUGGAUCUUUUAGAAACCAACGUUCACUGUGCCGCUUUAGCCAAUGAUACCGUUGGUACUUUAUUAUCUAGAGCUUACUCCAAUGAUCCAGAGAAAUCUAAUGCUCAUACUGUCAUUGGUGCUAUUUUCGGUACUGGUACCAACGGUGCCUAUUACGAAACCUUGGAAAACAUUCCAAAAUUAAAGGGUAUGGUCAUUAACACUGAAUGGGGUUCAUUUGACAAUACCUUAAAGAUUUCUCCAAACACUAAAUACGAUAAAGUCGUUGAUAAAGAAACUGCCAAUGUCGGUUACCACUUAUUUGAAAAGAGAAUUUCUGGUAUGUUUUUGGGUGAAUUAUUAAGAGUCAUUCUUAUGGAUUUAUUUGAAAGAUCUUUAGUCUUUGAACAAUUAUACAAACAAAGAGGUGGAUCUUUACCACAUAGAUUAACCGAACCAUGGUUGAUUUCUGGUGAAGUCUUAUCAUACUUGGAAAUUGAUGACUCUACUGACUUAAAGAUGUCUCAAUUAGUUUUGGAAAAUCACUUAAGAUUACCAACUACUAAAGAAGAAAGAUUAGCCAUUCAAGCAAUUACCAGAGCCGUCUCCAACAGAGCUGCCUACCUUUCUGCUAUUCCAUUAGCUGCUAUUGUAAAGAAGGUCAAGGAUCAAUACAAGGACUGUACCAAGGACUUUGAAGUUGGUUGUGAUGGAUCAGUUGUUGAAUUCUAUCCAGGAUUCCAAGCAAAGAUCUUGGAAGCUGUUGCUUUAAUCGACCCAUUAGAAGGUUCCGACAAGAAAAUUCACAUUAGAAUUGCCAAGGACGGUAGUGGUGUAGGUGCCGCCUUAUGUGCAUCUGUUGCCAAAUAAGUUCACAUUUAUUAAAAUAUUUAUAAAAAGAAAAAAUUCCAUUCAAUGCAUUUUACGAUUAAUGAACCUUUUUUUCAUAACCUCUCCUCCUCCUCCUCAUCAAUUUAGUUUGAUUUCCAUUCCUAUUCUUCUUAUUAUGUAUGUUAAAAAGACCCUUUUUUUGCAUUCUAACUUGCGGAUUUUUCGCAGCUAUUCGUGUAUUCUAAAAUAAAUUAUUGUUUGUUAUAGAUUAGAUACUUGAUGUUAUUUGUAGUGUAAGUCUUAACUGAUG